GCGGCCGCCCCGGCUCCUGCGUCCCCGUCGCCGUUGCUCGGCGGGCCGCCCCCCGAGCGCGGGCACCGGUGCCCCGGCCGGGGUCUGCCGGGAAGAUGGCGACCCCGGGCAUGAGCUGGCAGCAGCACUAUUACGGCGGCUCGGCGGCCGGGGCGGCCAAAUUCGCUCCCUCGCCGGCCGCCGCGCAGCAGGCGGGGCACUGCAUGGACUACAGCCAGGACUUGCACCUGAAAAUGAGCAAGAAAAUCGCCCAGCUCACCAAGGUAAUAUAUGCUUUGAACACUAAAAAUGAUGAGCACGAAUCUGCAAUUCAAGCCCUCAAAGAUGCUCAUGAAGAAGAAAUCCAACAAAUUCUGGCAGAAACAAGAGAAAAAAUAUUGCAAUAUAAAAGCAGAGUAUCAGAGGAGUUAGACCUUAAGAGAAAGAUUCAAGUUUUAGAAGCAUCAUUAGAAGAUCACAUAAAAAUGAAGCAGCAGGCUUUGACAGAAUUUGAGGCUUAUAAGCACAGAGUUGAGGACAUGCAACUUUGUGCAGAAGCCCAGCAUGUCCAACGCAUAGUAACCAUGUCUAGAGAGGUCGAAGAGAUUAGAAGGAAAUUUGAGGAAAGAGUACGGAGUUUUGGACAAGUCCAAGUACAGUUUGAAAAAGACAAACGGUUGGCAUUGGAAGAUUUGCGAACUGCUCACAGACGGGAGAUCCAAGAGCUGCUGAAGUCACAGCAGGAUCACAGUGCCUCUGUUAGUAAAGGACAGGAGAAAGCGGAGGAGCUGCACAGAAUGGAGGUGGAGACCUUAAACAAGACACUGGAAGAGCUAAGGCUUGAGCGGAAAAAACUAAUUGAGGAUUAUGAAGGCAAGUUGCGUAAAGCUCAGUCCUUUUAUGAACAUGAGCUAGAUACUUUGAAAAGGUCACAGCUUUUUACAGCAGAAAGCCUCCAGGCUAGCAAAGAAAAGGAAGCAGAUCUUAGAAAAGAAUUUCAGGGACAAGAAGCAAUUUUACGAAAAACCAUAGGAAAAUUAAAGACAGAGUUACAGAUGGUACAGGAUGAAGCUGGAAGUCUUCAUGACAAAUGCCAGAAGCUUCAGAUAGCACUUGUUACAGCAGAGAACAGUGUUAAGGUUCUUCAAAAACAGCUUGAUGAUGCCAAGGAGGGAGAAAUGGCCUUAUUAAGCAGGCACAAGGAAGUGGAAAGUGAGCUAGCAGCAGCCAGAGAACGUUUACAGCAGCAAGCUUCAGAUCUUGUCCUCAAAGCUAGUCAUAUUGGAAUGCUUCAAGCAACUCAAAUGACCCAGGAGGUUACAAUUAAAGAUCUAGAAUCAGAAAAAUCAAGGGCCAAUGAGAGAUUAUCUCAGCUUGAAGAAGAAAGAGCUUUUUUGCAAAGCAAAACCCAGAGUCUGAAUGAAGAGCAGAAGCAGCAGGUUUUGGAACUGGAGAAGAAAGUAAAUGAGGCAAAGAAAACUCAGCAAGAAUAUUAUGAGAUGGAGCUAAACAACCUGCAAAAUAGACUGGAAGGAGAGGUGGCCCAAUUAAAUGAGGCCCAUUCUAAGACUCUGGAAGAAUUAGCUUGGAAGCACCAUAUGGCAAUUGAGGCUGUCCACAGUAAUGCGAUUAGGGAUAAGAAAAAACUGCAAAUGGAAUUGGAGGCACAACAUAAAAAGGAAAAGCUAAACCUGGAAGAUGAUAAAAAUCAGCUUCAACAAGAGCUAGAAAACCUGAAGGAAGAACUGGAAGACAAGCUGAAUUCAGCCAAUCAAGAGAUUGGCCACCUCCAAGAAAUGGUAAGCAAAAGUGAACAAGGUCUUGGCUCUGCAGAAGGACUUAUUGCUAGUCUUCAGGACUCCCAGGAAAGACUUCAAAAUGAGCUGGACUUGACUAAAGGCAGGCUGAAGGAGACCAAGGAUGCUCUAUUAAAUGCUGAGAGUGAGCUAGAACAAGAAAGGCAACAGCAUGAAGAAACACUUGCUGCCAUGAAAGAAGAGGAGAAACUGAGAGUGGACAAAAUGGCCCAUGACUUAGAGAUAAAAUGGACUGAAAACCUUAGACAAGAGUGUUCUAAGCUUCGCGAAGAGUUAAGGCUUCAACAUGAAGAGGAUAAAAAGUCAGCAAUGUCUCAACUUUUGCAGUUAAAAGAGCGAGAGAAAAAUGCAGCCAGGGAUUCAUGGCAGAAAAAAGUAGAAGAUCUCUUAAACCAGAGGCACUCUCUGGGUGAAGCUUUGCAUAAAUCUAUCAACAAUAUUUCCUUGCUGAAACACAAUCUGGAGAUGCAGCUUUCCCAGUCUCAGACCUCUUUGCAGCAACUGCAAGCCCAGUUUACACAAGAACGACAGCGACUUACACAAGAGCUUGAAGAAUUAGAGGAACAGCAUCAACAAAGACAUAAAUCUUUACAAGAAGCACAUGUCCUUGCAUUUCAAACUAUGGAAGAAGAAAAGGAAAAGGAACAAAGAGCUCUUGAAAAUCAUUUACAACAGAAACAUUCUGCAGAGCUUCAAUCUUUGAAAGAUGCACACAGAGAGUCAAUGGAGGGCUUCCGGAUAGAAAUGGAACAGGAACUUCAGACGCUUCGGUUUGAAUUAGAAGAUGAAGGAAAGGCUAUGCUUGCUUCUUUACGCUCAGAACUAAACCAUCAACAUGCAGCUGAAAUUGAUUUGUUAUGGCAUAAUCAUCAUCAAGAAUUGGCAGCCGCUAAAAUGGAAUUAGAGAGAAGCAUAGAUAUCAGCAGAAGACAGAGUAAGGAGCACAUGUGUAGAAUAACAGAUCUACAAGACGAAGUCAGGCACAGAGAGCAUCACAUCUCAGACUUGGAUAAGGAAGUACAGCACCUUCAUGAAAAUAUAAAAGCCCUAACCAAAGAAUUGGAAUUUAAGGGAAAAGAAAUUCUCAGAAUAAGAAGUGAAUCCAACCAACAGAUGAGGUUGCAUGAACAAGAUUUAAACAAGAGACUUGAAAAAGAGCUGGAUGUCAUGACAGCAGACCACCUCAGAGAGAAAAAUAUCAUGCGGGCAGAUUUUAAUAAGACUAACGAGCUACUCAAGGAAAUAAAUGCAGCUUUACAAGUGUCACUAGAAGAGAUGGAAGAAAAAUAUCUAAUGAGAGAAUCAAAACCAGAAGAUUUACAGAUGAUUGGAGAAUUAAAAGCCAUGCUUACAGAAAGAGAUCAGGUCAUAAAGAAACUAAUGGAGGAUAAUAAAUUUUAUCAGCUGGAAUUAGUCAAUCGAGAAACUAACUUCAACAAAGUGUUUAACUCAAGUCCUACUGUUGGUGUUAUUAAUCCACUGACUAAGCAAAAGAAGAAGAACAAUAAAUCACCAACAAACAGGUUUGUGAGUGUUCCCAAUCUAAGUGCUCUGGAAUCUGGUGGAGUGGGCAAUGGACAUCCUAACCGCCUGGAUCCCAUUCCUAAUUCUCCAGUCCACGAUAUUGAGUUCAACAGCAGCAAACCACUUCCACAGCCAGUGCCACCCAAAGAGCCCAAGACAUUUUUGAGUCCUCCUCAGAGUGAAGCUUCCCCGGUGGCUUCUCCAGACCCCCAGCGCCAGGAGUGGUUUGCCCGGUACUUCACAUUCUGAAAGAAUUGCUUUGGCACAGUUCUAGGCGGACUGUUACUAAAAGCAUGACCUUAUGCAGAUCGUUAUGUGUACAGGUUUUCCUAUGUCAGACACGGUGAAAGUAUUUGUCUCUCCAAUUGAAAAUGCCCUGUAUUUCCUGUGAUAUUUAUUGGAAUCACUCUAUAAGGUACUAUAUUAUGUGUGUAAUUAUAACAGUUAUUUUUAUUUGAGAUGGGAGAGUCUUUAAUCUUUGUAAUUACUGCAUAAUAAAUUUUGUUAGAACAAA